GCUGCUAUCGGGCCAGUGCGCUGACGUCUGGUUCCCGGAGUCCGCGCCGGGCGGGGUAGCCAUGGAUAUCAUCAAGGGAAACUUAGAUGGAAUUUCCAGGCCGGCCUCCAACUCGAGAACGCAUUUUGGGAGCAGGCUUUCCAAUGCUUCCUUAGAGGUGCUGUCCCCCGAACCUCGCUCCUUCAAGAUCGAUACUGCAAGCAAGCUAAGUUCUGGUAAAGAGAACCGCUCAGAAAACAGCACUGUGGAAGAACGAAGACCCAGCAGUGCUGACAAAUGGGCUGACUACUCUGGGAAAGUAAAAUGGGCCAAGGCCGGGCCGGAUGAAGAUGUGGGCAUUGCUCAAGAUCAGAUCACACUGGACCGUUCAGACUUUGCAUAUGAUCUGAAAUUGGAAGAAUCAGAUUCUCAACUUCACGAUGCUAUUCAUAAGAUGAAAAGACUUGAUAAAAUUUUGGCAAAAAGACAACAUAGAGAAAAAGAAAUCAAGAAGCAAGGUUUAGAAAUGAGAAAAAAGCUGUGGGAUGAACUUGAGUCUGCAAAAAAUAAUGACAUCUUGCAAAGCAGUGAAGAGAUGGAAAAUACAAAGAAGUUUUUAUAUUUGACUGUUGAAUCUGAAGAACCUGUUGGUCCUUCUCAUUAUGAAGAUGAAGAACAUUUUUUCUCAGUGUUUCACACGCAACUGCCUCCAGAAGAUUAUGAAAACCAUAUGCAGAAGGUCCACCAGGGUUUCACUUGUGAUGUGGAAAAAAAUGCGCCACUGAUUAAAGCAGAAAAGAACUCUUUCUCAGACACAGAGAAGGUCUGGGACAGACAAAACCAGGAUUUUAUUAAGCGCAACAUUGAGCUGGCCAAAAAUUCAAGAGAUCCUGUGGUUAUGGCUGACAGAGACAAGAAAAGGCUGGAGGAACUUUUGAAGGAUUUAGACAGAGACUCAGGCCUGACCAGUUCUGAGGGUGAUUUGCCCGGGUGCCUGGUCCCAGGAGAGGGGUAUACACUGGCACCCAGCCAGCAUCAGCAGUUGGCUGAAAUCGACACAAAACUCCAGGAGCUCUCCGCAGUCUCUCCACGGUGUGAAAGUCAGAAUAACCAGGAAUCUGACCUUGGUGAUGAAAAAAUUAUGGAGCUAGUCCCCGGAGACAAAGUGCUUCGAAACACCAAAGAGCAGCGAGACCAGCAAAACCGGCUGAAGGAGAUAGAUGAUAAGCUGCGGAAGAUGCAGGAAGAGGUGGUAAGUCCUUUCCAGUACGGGUGUCAUGGUGGCUAA